CUAACUAGCAAGAUAAUCAACACAAACAUUACCCUCACGAGAUACACGUGAGAGAUGCGAACUUCCCAAGGUCGGGAUGUGAGCUCGCGGAACCGGGAGAUAAUGGUUGAACAAUGGUGGUCAUCGAUGUCGGUGCGCUGUAGGCCUGUAGCAGCUGAACCGCGCACUUCGAGUCGAGUUGAAGCAGAACCCAAUGUUGAUCAGUAUCCCAAGCCACCUAAAGACCUUCAACAACACCCCUCAACUCAAAUUAUUUUGGGCUUACAAAUCCCGGCCCAAUUAGGCAAAAAUGCUAUCAAGUAUGCUUUGAUUGAUGACUAUGAUGGGCUCUGGCCCUCCGUAGAUAAAAGAAAAUAAUGUAGCCCAAUAGAGUAAUAGACUUGAAGUCCAUGAAAACAAAUAUGUCCCUUGAAUCCGUAACCGUUGAAUCCUCUAGUGGAUCCAAAAUGGAAGAAGGAGACUAUUGUACCUAACACGAUUAGCCCAAAAAAUAUUCACAACCCAUUAAAGGCCCAGGUUUUGCUCUUCUACUCGCCGACCCAAUAACAAUUUCCCAUUCGUUGCCCUUAUGGUUUUUUGUAUUUCUUGUGUUUCAUCAUUCAUGUGUCAUGCAAAUUUCAAAACCAACCAACAUGCAUUUCUUUGUCAAUAAUUUUACACUUGAUAUAGCAUGACUAUGUGAGUAUAAAGGUAGUCAUUUGGCUUUGUUGAUAAGAAACAUUCAAUCUAAACGAACUAUGAUUAUUUUGUGCUAGUUUCGAAAAUCUUGUAGAUGAUCUAUUGAUACAUAUAUUUAUAUGUGUACAAAGAGAUAACUGUGAGAUAUUGGUGUGAAUUAAAAAUUUAUGUACUUUAGUGUCUCCUGGAACGACGAAAGGAACAUGAAAAGUGAUGGAGCGAUCCAAGUGUACUGCGACAAGGACUUUAACAUGGUUCUCUGGUUGUGCAUGAUUUUUGCUACGCUGGAAAGCCUAAUCGGGCACCACUGAUUCUUUAGCAGUGCGUGUUAUAGUGAGGUUGUGGAAGAAGCAAAUUCGUUGGGGAUCAUGCAGAAGAUCGACUAUUGCACAGUUCGCUUCCCCACACCCAAAGUAUCAUUACUUUACUUAACUCGACAGAACACCAUGUGUGACGAAGGAACAAAUUGUGCUCUUUGACCACUAUCAAUCGCACAAAGAUAUGCCAGACAAUUGAGGUGAUGGAAAGCUUGCUUACAGAUCUUGAUCAGUUACGAAUGGGAGCUGUUGAAUUUCUGAGUGCUCCAAAUUACUUACGGAUGGUUAUUUUAGCGAAUGUUUUAUUAGUUAUAGUGGUUGUGAUUGUGCAAGAUCCUCUAGAAUUUUUGGAUGUUCCAACUCCUAGAGGGCUAUUAUGGUUAUGCUUUAGUGACUAUCGACAAAGCCAAAUGACUCCCUCUAUACUCAUAUAGUAAUGCUAUAUUAAGUGCAAAACUAUGGGCAACAAAAUGAGUGUUGUUUGGUUUUGAAAUUUUCACAACACAUGAAAUAUAAGAAAUACAAAAAUCAUUAAGAAGGAGAACCAGAAAGGUAACGGACCAAAAAAUUGUUAUGGGCGUAUGAUUUCUAGCUCAGUAUGCUCGAAAUUGUUAGUAGAUCGACAGGUGGAAGAUAAUAAAUUGCGCCUUUAAUGUGUUGUGAAUUUUUGAGCUAAUCGUGUUAAGUAGACUCAUAUGAUCUCCAUAGACAAAGCUAUAAUGAUCUCCAUAGACUCAUAUGAUCGUGAUAAAGCCAUGUUGGCAGAAUUUUGCUAACCUAAAAAGUGAUAUUGUUCAUCGUGGACCGGGACAAUUCCACGGGAGCACGAUAUUGCUAACUUGAAAUGUAAUGUUGUACAUCGAUACAUCAUUAAUGUGGACAGUGAUAAUAUUUAUGUAUGAAACGUGGGGGUUAAUUGUACAUAUAUGAAUUGUAGGACCGAAAGGUAAUUUGGUACUAUAAAAAAAGUAAUUUGGUCAUUGAGAUUAGUAAAUCGUGUUAUGUUUAGUCAUUAGAAAAAAUUAAUAUAAAUUUUGUUCACUCGAUUACAAAAAUCGGUCACAUUUAAUCACUCUCCUGCAAGUCCCCGUCCAGCUCCGGACACUCGAAUUACUCUUUUUUUUUUGUAUGAAUGUCACUCGAAUUACUGAAACAUGUCACAUUUAGUCACUCUUGGUUAGCCUCCGUCCAACUCCGUUAAUGAAGUUGGACGGAAACCAACGGGAAAGUGGCUAAAUAUGACAUGUUUCAGUAAUUCGAGUGACCAAAAUUAAUAUUGAUUUUUUCUAUUGACUAAACAUGACAUGAUUUAGUGAUCUCUGGCAUUCACCCAUAAAUGAAUUGGAAAAUAAGAA